AACGAAGAAGCUUAUUAUUAUAUUGAAAACUCGACAGGGAGGGAGGAGAAAGAAAAGAAACUGUGAGAAAAAAAAGGGGAAAAAUCUCGUCCUUCUUCUUCUCUUCUUCUCUCCUUCUGCUUCUUCCUUCGAAGAAACCCAAGAUUUCUUCGAUUUAAUUUGGUUCUUCCGAGCUUUCCUCCUCCUCCUCUCCCAUGUAAGGCUAGAGUUGGAGUUCUGUGAGACUACGACGACCUUCUUGUCUCCCUGCGAUUUCUGGCGACGUAUCCUUGGCUGCCCAACGCAGAUGAAGUCCCGCCGGAUAACCCUCGCCUCAUCCUCCUUGUCCUUCCUAGUCCUCCUCUUGGUCUCGAUCUCCGCCUCCGGUGGCGGCGGGGAUCUGGACGCUCGCCAGGCGGAGAGAUCCGCCCUUCUCCAGUUCAAGAGCUCCGUCCUGGCAGACCCCGCUGGUCUCCUCCACGGAUGGGGCUCCUCCGCGGACCACUGCUCCUGGCCCGGCGUUUCCUGCGACGGCCGAUCCCGAGUCGUCUCCCUUAACAUCUCCGCGAAAGGUGGCUCUACCCCGCUUCCUUGCUCCCGAUCCGGUCCUUAUCGGCUGAGUUGCGGCGAUCCCGGCCGGAGGAUGGCCGGAAGGCUGAGCGCAGCCGUCGGGAGCCUAUCCGAGCUCAGGGUGCUCUCCUUGCCCUUCCAUGGUUUUGAUGGCGAGAUCCCUGACGAGAUCUGGGGUUUGGAGAAGCUGGAAGUGAUUGAUCUCGAAGGAAACUCGCUCUCGGGUGGCCUGCCCUCGCGUUUCCCUCGCCGGUUGCGUGAGCUAAGUCUGGCUUCCAAUUUGAUCAAAGGUGAGAUUCCUCCCUCCCUCUCGAGAUGUGUAGAUUUAGAAACCCUAGACCUCUCAGGCAACCAGAUCAACGGAACGAUUCCAGGAUUUCUUGGUGGUUUCUCCAAACUUGAAGAACUGUAUCUCGCUUUUAAUCGGCUUGAUGGGUCAAUUCCGGAUGAGAUUGGAGAUGGGUGCCGAAAUCUCCAAAUCUUGGACUUGUCUGGAAAUUCCUUGUUUGGAAGCAUUCCGUCCAAUUUAGGCAACUGCACCGAGUUGCGAGUCCUAUUGCUAUUCUCCAACCUUUUGGAUGGUCUCAUUCCUUCUGAUCUUGGUCGAUUGAAUAAGCUUCAAGUUUUGGAUGUCUCGAGGAACAGUUUGAGUGGAUUCGUACCUGAGGACCUAGGGAACUGCCUAGAAUUGACUGUCAUUGUUCUUCUUAAUCUUUAUGAUCCAAUUCCGGAGGAGGUAGCUUCCACUUCUGUUGAUAUAGAUGAAUUCAAUUGUUUCCAAGGGAGACUUGCUGAAAACAUCACUGUUCUGCCAAAGCUUAGGGUGCUUUGGGCCCCAAGGGCAAAAUUUCAAGGCAAGAUUCCUAGCAAUUGGGGUACCUGUGAGAACUUGGAAAUGGUUAAUUUGGGCCAGAAUCUUUUUACAGGACCAAUACCUAAAGCUUAUGGUCAGUGCAGAAAUCUUAGAUUUCUUGAUCUGAGCUCAAACAGUUUGACAGGUUGGCUUGAGGAGGAUCUUCCUGUGCCAUGUAUGGAUUUCUUUAAUGUCAGUGGAAAUCAGUUGUCUGCCUCCAUCCCAAGGUUUGCUUACAAGGAAUGCUUCUUAUAUCAGUUCCCUAGAGAUGACCUAUCCUCAGCUUAUUUUUCAUUUUUUGCUUAUAAGAGCCGCACAGGACUUAACUUGCCGAUAUUUGAAUCUGGUGGUGAAUCUGCUAUAUAUCAUAAUUUUGGAAAGAACAAUUUUACGGGUAGUCUACUUUCUUUACCAUUGGCCACUAAUGGGUACGCUAACCAGACUGUUUAUGCAUUUUUGGCUAAUGACAACCACCUUUUUGGGUCGCUGAAUGGCAUUAUUGUAGAAAAGUGCAACAAAGUGAAUCAUUUGAUAAUCGACUUAAGCAACAACAUGGUGCGUGGUGGGUUUACACAAGAAAUAGGUACAACAUGCAAGUCUCUUGUGGUUCUGGAUGUUGCCAAUAAUCAGAUAUCGGGAACAAUCCCUGCAACUAUUGGGUUAUUGUGGAAUCUUGUUAGCCUGGAUCUAAGUAGGAAUCAGAUGCAGGGUGAGAUUCCUGCCACCAUUAAACAGUUAAAAAGCUUGACUUAUCUGUCGUUAUCUGAUAACAACUUAAGUGGCCGCAUUCCUUCUGGCAUUGAUCAGUUGCAAUCACUGAAGGUUUUGGAUCUCUCAUCAAAUUCCCUUACAGGUGAUAUUCCUAGCGAUCUUGUGAAGAUGUCAAAUCUUACUACUCUGUUACUCAACAACAAUAAACUUUUUGGGAAUAUCCCUUCUGCUUUUGCUAAUGUGACAUCGCUUACUAAGUUCAAUGUUUCAUAUAAUAAUUUAUCUGGACCGUUGCCUUUAAAUGCCAGUACACUGAGAUGUGAUAGUGUCCUCGGCAACCCUUUACUCCAAUCUUGUCAUAUAUACUCUCUCUCUGUUCCGUCAUCUGAUUUGCAAGGAAGCAGCCAGAACUCGCAACCAUAUUCUGAGUCACCACCAAACGGCUCACCAAAUGAUAGCGGUGGUGGUGGAUUUAGUUCUAUCGAAAUUGCUUCAAUCGCAUCAGCAUCAGCUAUAGUCUCAGUCCUCCUAGCUCUGAUAGUCCUCUAUAUUUACACAAGGAAGUGUGCACCUAGGUCCACCACUCGGUCUUCUGGAAGAAAAGAAGUGACUGUUUUUGUCGAUAUUGGGGUUCCUUUGAAUUAUGAGAGUGUUGUGCGAGCCACUGGGGGUUUCAAUGCAAGCAAUUGCAUUGGAAGUGGAGGUUUUGGGGCCACAUACAAGGCUGAGAUUUCACCAGGGGUCUUGGUGGCUAUAAAGAGGCUUGCAGUAGGGAGAUUUCAAGGUGCUCAACAGUUCCAUGCAGAGAUCAAAACACUUGGAAGAUGGCGGCAUCCUAAUCUUGUGACACUAAUAGGUUAUCACAUUAGUGACACUGAGAUGUUUUUGAUAUAUAAUUAUCUCCCUGGAGGUAAUUUGGAGAGAUUUAUACAAGAAAGGUCAAGAAGGCCUGUGGAUUGGAGGAUGCUUCACAAGAUUGCUUUAGACGUGGCGUGUGCACUUGCUUAUCUGCAUGACACAUGUGUGCCUCGUAUCCUCCACCGGGAUGUUAAACCUAGCAAUAUAUUGCUGGAUAAUGAAUUCAAUGCUUAUCUCUCUGACUUUGGACUGGCUAGGCUUCUAGGAAAUUCUGAGACCCAUGCAACCACUGGUGUCGCUGGAACAUUUGGUUAUGUUGCUCCUGAGUAUGCCAUGACGUGUCGUGUUUCUGAUAAAGCAGAUGUAUAUAGCUACGGUGUGGUACUGCUGGAAUUAAUUUCAGAUAAAAAAGCACUAGAUCCUUCCUUCUCUCCAUAUGGUAAUGGUUUCAACAUAGUUACUUGGGCAUGCAUGCUGCUGCAAAAAGGCCGGGCUCGUGAGUUUUUCACCGAGGGGCUUUGGGAUGUGGCUCCCCAUGAUGAUUUGGUAGAGACCCUACACUUGGGUGUCAAGUGUACUGUUGACUCACUGUCUAUUAGACCCACUAUGAAGCAAGUUGUUCAACGUUUGAAGGAAAUCCAACCUCCACAUUUUGGGCACAAUCAACAUACUUAGAGAGUCUCUACUUCAAAGAUGGGUCCUGCAUAAUAUGGGAGGGUAAUGGUGAUAUGAGACAUUCUCCACACUGAAGUAAUUGAGCUGUUUUAAGGUUGCAUCACCAAGGAGUUUUGUCCAAGUCCCAAUUUGAUACUAUACCUCUGGACAGCAGAUGUGCAUCAUGUAAAAUCUAUUAGCAACCACUGAAUAGACUAUGAUCUGAAAUGGUCAAUGACUAUGGGUGACUACUUCAGGUUGUCACCUGAUAGCAUACCCCUGGACAACAGGUGUGCAUUGUAACAAAGCUAUUGGUCCCAGCUGGAUACCUGCAGUGAUUGGUUAGUAUGGCAACCACGUAUACCAACCAUGAUGAUUUUGAUUCCAACAAUCAUCUAAUUCGACAAAUGAAGCAUAUUUAAAAAGGUGGGUGGCAAGAAGGAUUCCUGCCAGUUGCUUAUUACUCCUAAAUGUGUAGUUGUUAGACCAAGGAGCCUGUUGGUCCAUUAACUAAUGUAGACCAAGAAGCAUAUUUAAAAAGUCAUAAAUGCUUAAACUUAAAAUCAUCCCUCAGAGAACAAUCUCCUGUAAUGGGAUUAUUCAGAUAUUGCAAUCUCUUUGGUCCAUGGCUUGAGAAUCAUUCUUUGCAGAAGUACACAAGGUAAUCUCCAUUCUAACAUUUUUGUGCACAUAAGAGGCUCACAAAGCUGCUACAGUAACUAUUAUCAUGACCUUGAGUAGCCUAUGACCCUAUUAGCUCAGGGAGAUAAAAGUUUGGCCAUGGUGGUGUUGCCUUCCUUGCGUAAUCCCAUAUUAUUAUACAUACAUACAUACAUACAUCUUGUCUAAAGAUGUCAAGCUUCCUAGGUUAUGAUGGUUUAUCAUGAAUAUGCCCCAUAUAUUUUUUCAGUUGCCUGCUUCUUAGGAAUUUACAAAAGAGUCUUCAUGAAUAUGGCCCAUAUAUUUUUCAGUUGCCUGCUGCAUAGGAAUUUACAAAGGAGUUGCGAGUAAUAGGAGCCAGAGGAAGUAAGUAAUGAUUAAGGGAAUCAUCAAGACAGGACUUUUCAGAAGUUCAUAAUGGUGCAUAAGGUUUCAAGAGGCUGUUAGUGGAGUAUCAUUGAAUAAUGACAAUUACUGAGUGGGAAAGUCCAGAUAUGAAACUUGUAAAUUAGUGUGUGGGAAACUUCUGUUGCAGUAUCAUUGAAUAAUGACGAUUACCUAUAGAAAUUAUUACCAAUUUGGAAACAAAACCGUUACAUGAUUGUGCUGCUCACUGACUAACAAUAUACUGCCCCUCUAGCCAUUGGUUCGCCUAUUGGGCUUAUAGGAAGAAGGGUUACCAAUUACACAAGGUUGGAAAGUCUGCAUCAAGAAAUCCAUCUAUCUAGACUUCAUGUGGAAGUUAAUCAUUGUGGCCUGCAUUUUACUCUAUAAAUCUAUGGAUUUCUUCUCCCUAAUCUGAACACUUAGGAUGUUAAGAUCUAUGGAUUUGUUUACCCUACAAUCUUUCUUUUCUUUCUUCUAUUUAAUAUGCAAUUAUAACAUUUCCAACCAUGGGAAUUCUGGUUGCAUAUAUUAUUCCAGCUAAGUAGCGGGCUUUGGUCCAAUAGUAAGACUUUAUGACAUGGAAGACAAGGUUCUAAUUGUGGUUCGCUUUAUCGAUCCUUACUGAUGCACCAACCAGCCAUCGGUAUGGUAUGUACCAAUUCAUAUCAGCGUAUUGA